AUGUGGGCAGGUCUAGCAGCCUGUGAACUUAUGAAUCAAGGCAUCUUGGCCCUUGUCAGCUCCAUUGGCUGUACAUCAGCAGGUUCUCUGCAGUCUCUGGCAGAUGCCAUGCAUAUACCUCACCUCUUCAUUCAGCGUUCGACAGCUGGUACCCCAAGGAGUGGCUGUGGACUCACCCGGAGUAACAGAAAUGAUGACUACACUCUCUCAGUUCGCCCACCAGUCUACUUGAAUGAUGUUAUACUGAGAGUGGUCACGGAGUACGCCUGGCAGAAAUUCAUUAUAUUCUAUGAUAGUGAAUAUGAUAUCCGUGGAAUACAGGAGUUUUUGGACAAAGUAUCUCAGCAGGGAAUGGAUGUUGCACUUCAGAAGGUAGAAAACAACAUCAAUAAAAUGAUCACCACUCUCUUUGACACCAUGCGGAUAGAAGAACUGAAUCGCUAUCGAGAUACUCUUAGACGAGCCAUCCUUGUUAUGAAUCCUGCCACAGCCAAAUCCUUCAUCACAGAAACAUAUGGCCAAGACAAAUUUCAGAAGUCUUAUGAAGGUUUUAAAAGUGCUGUUGACCUGAAUGAUUGUAACAAAUUCAAGAAUGAAUUCUCAAGUGUACAGAUCCCUGACUUAAUAGACAAAGCUAAAGCAUUUAUACCAUUACCUUCAGAUAGUCCUUGCUCUAGGACUAGGCUUAUACCUUUAGUACUAGAAGCAUUUCAUUUGAAAAACAAAGCAAAACACCAAGUGGCAAUGAAAUUCUGGAAACCCAAAGAGAACUAA